UUGUAGCACUCCGUAUAAAGAUGUCCAGAAAAUGAAAAAUGUUGCUAACACUCUUGAGUCUUGACUCUUGUGUCGACCUGCUCACUCGCCGACUAUUCGAGGACGCCGACAUCCCGACCAAGUCAACAACAGUUUCUACAACUUCAUCUUCUCCAAUCUUCUUCCUACCGGAGAACUUCAUGAAAUUAUCGUUCUUCAGAACUCAAUCGGCAAGUUUCUCUCUCCAUUGACCAAGCUUGAGAUCUCGGCGUCAAAUAUCAAAUAUUGAAUUUGACCUCAAUUCAAUUUUCUGCUUCCAGAAGCACUUAUUCAAGUAUAGCGUCAAUGAGAAACUUGAAUGAGUUUCAAGGUUUCUGGGGCUCAGUGGCUCGGAAGGCUAAAGCGGUCCUUGAUGAUGAAGUUCAACCUGAACAUGUUGAAGCCCCUAGAACAGCUCGUCGUUAUGAAGAUAAUGUUGGUUUAGGACAGCAGGAUGAUCGCCAAUCUCAACCUGCUCAGAGCCGCAAGAAACCAGACAAAGCUGUAUUACGAAAGGGAUUUGGUGCUAUUGCUUCUUCGUUUAAUUAUCUUGGCAAUGCCUUAGAGGAAGGACUUAAUAUUGUGGAAAACCGCACUGCUGACAUCAUACAAGACACUCGCAAUCGAAGGUCGCAUGCCAGAAAAAAAGCUGCCCCUGACUUUUACCAGCAGCCCACAGAUGCAGGACAUGUAAAGGAGCCAUCUGGAACACAGAACCAAAGGUCCUCGGUGGCUCAAACUGAAAUGGACAUCCAAUUGCAGGCAUCUCGCGACGUUGCUAUGGCCAUGGCUGCGAAAACAAAGCUACUCCUUAGAGAGCUAAAGAGUUACAAAGCUGACCUUGCUUUUGCCAAGGAGCGGUGUGCUCAGCUGGAGGAAGAAAACAGGAUACUUCGUGAGAGUAUGGAGAACGGAGACAACCCAGAAGAUGAUGAAUUGAUACGACUUCAAUUAGAAACCCUACUGGCAGAGAAGGCUCGGUUGGCUCAAGAGAAUGCUUUCUUUGCUCGCGAGAACCGUUUCUUACGCGAGGUUGUUGAAUAUCAUCAGCUCACCAUGCAGGAUGUCGUCUACCUAAACGAAAGGAGUGAAGAAAUAACGGAAGUUUACCCUACUUCCAAGGUACCAGGUGCCACUAACCUGAACGAUGUAGCUACAAUGCCAUCUCUAUCACCUUCUGUUCAUGCAUCUGAGCUUGUAUUUGAAGAAAACCCGAGUUUUAAAUGAGGCACAGCCAACGAGCCUCUUGUUGUAGUCGUAGUUAGUGUUUUUUUUUUCCCUUUUGGUUCAGGUUCGAGGACUACAUUGGAGCAACUGCUUUUGUGUUCUCUCCAUAUGUGCUUCCUAUAACUCCAUAUAUUCGUAUUACACAGCCUUCCCCUGCUAGGGAAGUAUUAUUUUA